AUGCCCGAAGUAUACGAGUCCAAGAAGGUGUCGUCCCGCAGGGGAAACCCCAAGAAGGGCGGUCAGGCCCAUAAGAACGCCUAUGCUUUCCACGCCAACAAGAGCUCCAAGAUCACAAAGAGAAUCGCCGCCAUGCCCGUCGGAGGUCUCUGCGAAAAGUGUGUCGAGGUCAUCAUGUGGCGCAAGAAGUUCAAGAAGUACAAGCCCUUGACCCAGAUGAAGAAGUGUGUGACCUGUGAGCAAAAGGCGAUCAAGGAUGCUUACCACGUUAUGUGCAACAAGUGUGCAGGAGAGAAGAACGUCUGUGCCAAGUGCCAAGAGUCCAGAGAUAUCGUCCCCACAAACAUCAAGACAGAGAAGGAGAUCAUCGCGGAACAGGUCGAGCUCGAGCGUCUCUUGAGCGGCAUGAACGAGCGUGAGCGCAGGAGCUACAUUCGUCAGAUGGAGCGCAAACCCAAGAAGGGCGAGGAUGACGAGGAUGAAGGAGAUGAUGAUGACUCGGACGAGGAUGGUUCGGAUGAUGAUGACGAGGAUGACUCGGACGAGGGUAGUGAUGAGGACGAGGACAGCGAGGACGAGAAGAAGAAAUAG